AUGGAAACAUUACGGGAAUUCCACUCAUUGCGAUCCCAGGUCUCAAGCAAACUGCUCAAGAUGAUCUUCGGCUGCUUUCUACUGCUCCUGGCACUCGAUUUGCUGUCCGCCGGAAGCGCUCCACCGCGACCGGAAGAACGUGUUAUCGGCGGAAGGGACAUCGAAAUCGAGCAGGCUCCCUGGCAGGUUUCCCUGCAGUACCGAGGCAGACAUUAUUGUGGCGGCUCCAUAUACAGCAAGGACAUCAUAAUCACCGCUGCCCACUGCCGUUUCACCGAGGAACGACAACGACUCGAGGCCGAAGACUUUGAGGUUCGCGUGGGAUCCGCGCUGAGCGAUGCCGGAGGCAGACUCAUCAAGGUGGCAGCCAUCAAGUCCUUCGAGCCCUAUACGUUCGAGGAUACCAACGACAUUGCUGUGAUGCGGCUGAGCGAGCCCCUGGAGUUCUCCGAGCAGGUGCAGCCGAUUCCCCUGGCCAAGGAGAAUCCCGCUCGUGGAUCGCCCGCCUUCACCUCCGGCUGGGGAGCCAUGAAAAAGCCCUUUUCCAAAAAAUUCGUAUAUCCUAGACACCUUCAGGGCAUAUGGAUUCGGACUUAUUUGCCGAUCCUUGGAAUACUAGUGCCCAAGCGUCAGGACCUCGUCUACGCCGGUUCCUAUCGACGGACCUCCUGCAAUGGUGACUCUGGAGGACCUCUGGUGGUUAACCAACAGUUGGUCGGCGUCGUCUCAGGCGGUUUUAAGGGGUGCAUAACAUUUGCAAAGUACACCAGUGUCCCCUACUUCCGGAAGUGGAUUUUAAAUGCCAUCGAAUCUAUUUCAUAAAUGUAUUACCAAAUAAAUGCAAAUUCACAAUGGCAUGUUUGUAAAGCAAACUCACAUA